UUCAUAUUGUAUAUGAGUAAAGCAGUGUUGGAUGAGAAGGGUCUGUAGGAGACGGGCCUGCAUGUGCUUUCCUCACUGACCUGUGACUGGCUCCGCUAAAGUCCAAUCAAUCAUCAGGGACUGUCAGUGUCUCCCUGCUGACCACUCAACAAUUAUGGGUUUGUUUUCAUCUGUGAUGACCCUGAUAAGCGGCUGCGGUUGAACAGCAUGGAAAACUUCUCGGAAUGGAGCAACAUUUCACUCGACGCCGAUUUCGAGCCCUGUGCCACGUCGAGGAGCUCUGGUUCACGAGUCGCCCUUUAUGUCUUCAUCAUCGCUGGUAUCGUCUGCACCGUUGUCGGAAACUUCCUGGUGGUGCUCGCCAUUGCUUACUUCAAACAGCUGCAGUGCCCUACUAACUAUUUCGUCAUGUCUCUGGCUGUCGCUGACUUCCUGGUGGGCCUUGUGGUAAUGCCGUACAGUAUGGUCAGAACAGUGGAAGGAUGUUGGUAUUUCGGUCCAACCUUCUGCCAUCUUCACUCCAGCUUGGACGUUAUGCUCUGCACGGCCUCUAUCUUCCAUUUGAGCUGCAUCGCUUUCGACCGCUAUUACGCCGUCUGCAACCCCUUGGUGUAUUCGUUUAAGAUGUCCCGUAAACGUGUUGGUCUGCUGAUUGUGGUUUGCUGGGCCAUUCCUUUCCUCAUCUCCUUCGGUCCAAUCCUCCUCGGGCUGCACAAGCUCGGCGUGGACGUUCCUUUGCCUGAGAACGUGUGCAUCUUCUUAGUAAACCGCGUUUAUGCCGUCAUGGCAUCCCUUGUUGCGUUUUACCUGCCUAUGGUGACCAUGUUGGUGGCCUACUGGAAGAUCUACAAAGCGGCCAAGCGGCAAGCCAUGCAAAUAAGCGCGAUGGAAGCGCAGAUGGCGGCAGGUGUGGGCAAGGACUCGAGUAAGAAACAAAAACAUCGCAACUCUAUAAGGAGGGAAAGAAAAGCAGCCAAAACUCUGGGCAUCAUCAUGGGGGUUUUUCUUCUCUUCUGGCUGCCCUUCUUUACCGUCAAUAUCGUUGACCCGUUUAUUGAAUACGGGACUGCUGGUGUAAUAUGGGACGUGUUUCUUUGGUUGGGGUACGUCAACUCCUCCCUAAAUCCUUUUCUCUACGGUUUCUUCAAUCGUUCCUUCCGUAGGGCUUUCCUCAUGAUCAUGGGAUGCAGAAUAUGUCUGUAUGGCACAGCUCAAGGAAUGGACCUCUCUCACUCGAAAAGAGAUGCCAGUGAGCGCACAGACAACCAGUAGACCGUAGCAGCAGUUCAUUUGUUUCAAUAAAGUGUUCCUGUCCAGCCCAUAUGGCAAAAUAUAUAUUUAUAUAUAUAUAUAUAUAUAUAUAUAUAUAUAUGUAAAUAUAAUUAAUAUAAUUAAUAUGUGUUUAAAAAACAGCACAGAUCAAGUUUUUAUCUUUUUUUAAAUUGAAAACAAUAUUUUAAACUUUUAAAAUGCCAAUAUAUAUUACAAAAUAGUGGCUAGAACAUACAUUUUCGGUCUUAAAAUACAUUUGUGUAAAUGCAAUUUUGGACGAUAUUAAUACAUUUAGAUUAAAAAUAUCUAAGAAAUUACCAAAUAAUAUAUGAGGAAAUGUAAGUAACUAAAAUAUGUGACCUUGAACCACAAAACCAGUCCUAAGUUGCAGUCAUUAGGCUAUUAAGUAAAGAUCAUGUUCCAUGAAGAUAUUUUGUAAAUUUCCUACCAUAAAUAUAUCAAAAAUGUAUUUUUGUGAGUGGAUAUGCGUUGCUAAGGACUUUAUCUGGACAACUUUAAAGGCGAUUUUCUCAAUAUUUAUAUUUUUUUGCACCCUCAGAUUCCAGAUUUUCAAAUAGUUGUAUCUCGGCCAAACCAUACAUCAAUGGAAAGCUUAUUUAUUCAGCUUUUUUAGAUGAUGUAUAAAUCUCAAUUUAAAAAAGAAAUUGACCCUUAUGACUAGUUUUGUGGUCCAGGGUCACAUAUAUUUAUAUUAAUAUAUUUCAUAUAUAAAUAUAAUACAUUUGAAUAAAUAUUUAUUAGCACUUUUUGUAUAUUUGGAAAAAUAUAUCUAAAUAUAUGUUUGCCGUAUGGGUGACCACAAGUAUUUUUUGUUGUAAGUCUUUCAAAGAUUUAAAGUAUUAACACAUUAUGGUUUCCAAAUAAUGAUGAAAAUGACAUAACAUAAAUCCCAGUUGAACGGGAAUAACCCAGCUAAGACUAACAGCACAGCAAGUGAUAAAGUGCAUGCAAACAUUGUGAUUUGGUGUUGAACUUCGUGUAAAGUGUUUUCUUCCACUUAUUUAUGUUUACUCUGUGAAUAAAUUAUGUCUGGACUGCA